GUACUUAAUUAUUUUUAAUGAGGCUAAAGAAUACGGUAUGAGUCAAAUCUGCUUUUAUAGUGUGUGUGUCAUUGUCGGUUCAUUAAUAAAUACGUGACUUUAAAUGUGCUUUGUCACUUUAUGUUUAAUUGAAGGUGCCAACUAGCCCAGAUGUGGAUGUCUGUCCGACCAUUCAUCCCAUGGCUCAGUCACUGGAUGGGAAUGCCAAGGAAGUCCCAAUCUCCCAGACUGUGGAAGGUUCUCCAACAUCUCCUGCCAGGGCUCUGCCAGCGGAUGAGAGGGAGAAUGUCCACAGCGCUGAGAGCUCAUCCUGCUCCAUCCAAGGUGAGAGCGGUAAACCUACUCAUGGGUGCAUCUGUGCAGAGAACCGGCAAGUCGCUGUGGUUGCUGGCACUGCUGUAAGGGCAGUACCACAUUCUGGACGAGGUCUUGCAAGUAGUGUUGUCGCUGCAAUCAAACAUGUGAUUACUCCUGUAUGCACAUGGAAGAGGGCAGACGUUGACAGCAUACUUGUAGAAGCUCGCAAAAUGGCCUGGAAUGUAACUGCAAACGAAUUGGCCGCGUUUCUCUCACAGAAUGCUGUGUUUGGAAAGAAUUGGGACGUUGAUCUGGGCAAGACGGCGGGUUACAGUUUGCAGGGUUUAGAUGAUGAGACUGUGGUGAAAGGAAAACUGGAGGAACUGCUGGAUAGAGAUGGGAUGUGUCUCCUGAGUCUUAACGGUGCAGUGAGUGUCGUGGUCAAACAUGACAAGUACAUUGUGGUCGUGGAUUGUGGUGUACGCAGUGCGUCUGGGAUGUCAGCAACAACUGGCGCUUCUGUAGCGGUCUUCAACUCAGGCAUGGCGGAUCUGAUGUAUCACAUUAGACCGCUGCAGAAGUCCCUAAACGCUGACCGUUGUGCUAUUCGCAGCAUUUCAGUGAGAGAAAGACUGGGUGAAACUGCAUGUUUGGCAACACUGACAUCACUGUCUGUAAACCCAGUUGCACACGCCAUGUCAGUCAGCUGUGAUGGAGACAACAGUGAUGACAUGGAUGCUGAGGCAACCAGUGACGUCAUUCAUUACGCACAUGUAGUCAGCUCUGAUGCAGGCAGCAGUGAUGUGGUUGUUGAGGCAUUCAGUGAUGACACACAUGCAGUCAAUGACAGACCUGCCAGGUGUAACAAUGAUGUCAUGAUUGUUAGGGGAUCCUUUCACCAGGGGGAUGACCGGUUUGAGUUUCCAGGUGUUCAGUGCAUGGCCAUAGCCCUGGUGACAGUGGAUAUCCUCAAGCGGUGGCUGCUCACCCCGUUCAACAACCCGCAGAGCGCAGAGGAGCGAAAUUACAACACUCGCCACAGCCAGGCACGAGCUGUGGUAGAGCGCUCAAUAGGCCUGCUAAAGGGCAGGCUGCAUGUACCGGCCACGAGCCAGACCCCCUUCCCCAUGCACAUCCACACCCAGGUGGAGUUCAACAGCGUCUGGAUGUGA